UAAGAUAGCAUACUUUCACUACACCAAACUGUUAAUCAAGGAAAAAAUCAGCACCAGUAUGAUGCGGGUGGACGGCUCGAGACGAACUGUUGGCUCCAUUGAAGCAGCGGCUGAUAGUUCCCUGGUUAGUGGCACUGGAGCUGUCGCUGCUGGUGAGACUUCUCGAGUAGGCAGUGAGGGAACUGCUUCAGUGACAGGCGGGCAGGACUGUACUGUUGCAUCUGGUGUGGCCUUGAUGACCAGGAACGCCUCACCAAGGAAUAACGUAGACUUUGGGGCUCUGGCGAGGAAGUCUCCAGUGUCGACGUAGUACUCCCGGGGAUCUGUUGUACCUGCUGGAGGGCAUGAAACUAUCGACGGUCCCAGUGACCAGGCCUGCCGUGAUAGACGGAAUCCGGACAAUUUGGCCACGGACGAUUUGGCCACGGACGAUUUGGCCACGGGAUGUCACCCUAGGACGUUUUGGCCACGUAAAUAUGUUUCAUGGCCAAAACGUCCACCUUGGGAAGUUCCCGUGGCCAAAACGUCCUACGGUGACAUCCCGUGGCCAAAUUGUCCGUGGGCAAAUCAUCCGUGGCCAAAUCGUCCUACACCCGUGAUAGACAGGGACCGCUUGGUCAAAGGCAACUUGACGACUCGAACGAGGGACUCCCCUGCGGCUCCGCGUAAACCCAGUAAGCAGUGGUGCAGCAAACCCAUGCAGCUGACAUGACCACUGCUGUCUGCCUUCCAGUCCCAGGCCAACACGUAUAAAGACCCAGAAGGCGAAGGUUCAGUCUAUCGCCGGCUACACGGGUGAUACACAAGACAUGGACUUCAGCAACAGAGCGCUCGAACCCCCCGCAACCACAACACCAAGCCUGAUCAGAAGACUGCCUACAUAUGACCCAAGAAACACAGCAAGUGAUCAAAUCCUCCUACAUCAGCUGUCACCUCCCUUGGUCGGGCCCCAGCCUCUGCUCACAAACGAUACGAUGGAGGAUGAGGAAGAGGCGAUCUACGGCUUCAGAAGAGUUAAAAUGUUCGAAAUGGCCCCGUCUGACGAUCCAAAAUUGGAGGAGCGUCGACAGCGAGCAAUUUAUGCGAAAAAGAAUCGCGACAUGAAAAAGAGAGAGGUAGGGAAGCUGCAGCAUGAAGCAUCAGCACUCCGCGCAGCCAAUGAACAGUGCCAAGCGAACCUGACCCACAUGUAUGAAGUGGUAGAGGAUCAACAACGCAAGAUUGAGCAGCUAGAACAGUACCUUUCCGACACUCGCCAGCAGCUAAGAGACAGAGAUGAGCAAAUUCUUAAUAGCCAGAAGAAAAUGUCACAUCUGAAGGCACACCUGGAACUCAUUGCUGACGGCCUCGACGAGAACAACAUGUCCCGCCGACUACUGCUCAGCCUCCUUGCUCAGAAUUGAUGAUGUCCUAUUAUAAUGACAUAGCAUCUUGCGUAACUCAAGAACAAUAUUAGUUGGUAGCUUUACCCACUGGUGUCUCUUGGCAGUCAUAGCAUACACUUAGCCACUGCACCAGGGUCUGCUUAUAUCCAAGGCAGACGGGGACGAGGCCUACGGGCAGAUAAAACAAAGGAGAGAAGAAAAUAAUACAGGUAAUAGGUGCUUUAAGCUACGGAACAACUUAAUGGACCUUUCCUCAGCGCCGGGUGGGGGUAAUUUUUAGACGCGUCACAGACUUGGUCAUCCGGAGCCAGUCUGCACGCCAAGUGUCGCGCCGCCGUUAUGGUUGUGGCGAGUGACAUGUUGCUAUAAAUUACUUUUUAUCAACAUGUGGAGGCUUAUCUGCAUUCUGAUCACACUAUCGUGUUCACGAGUUUUUCCUACUUAACGUAAUAAUAUAUUUCAACAUUCAAUGAUUGACUGUUGAAAAGAGCGAGCAUAAGUAAAACAUGUGGUUGCAUGUCAGGGAAAGUAUUUAAUCCAAAGGUUCAGAGUUACACGUUAUUUUACAAGGGCAUGGCAGAUAAAGGGAGGGCGAGUAGUACUCCCACUUAGUAGUGCCACACAGCAAUGUUAAGUUGAUAGUAACCAGGAAUGGUGCUUCAUUUUUAUCAAUUGAUUUUUUAUUCAAUGUAAAAUGAGAGUUAAUCACAUUUCAUUCAAUUUACUUAAAAAUAAAUGUUCAUCUCUAUUAAUAAACCAUUAAAUUCCAACUCAGAA